AUGGAACGUCCCUCUCGAGCCGAGCCCGCAAAGCACAAGCGCACGCGAUCAGGAUGUCUCAAUUGCAGACGUAAGAAGCGCAAAUGCGACGAAGCUCGACCCUCCUGCGGUACAUGUCGCCGUCGCAACGAACCCUGCGAAUGGGGCCUCAAGAUUGCCUUCCGGGCUGAGCAUGCCCGGUGCUUGAAUGCACGUCAUCCUUCGAUGCGCAAGAUGGCCCGCAGGAAACCGCCUAAGGAAUUCGAGAUCUUAGAUGUUACGGAUGAAGUUAUCCGUGAUUACAAUGGAGCCGAGACCGAUGAAGGGGAGGAAGAUCGUAGCAACUUUACCAAUAGUUAUGCACAGAGCCGCACACAUGGUCGGUCGAGUCUUGUCGCCACCGAGAGACCAUCAGAUACCAGCUCCAACACAGCAGAUGGCUAUGUAUCUAUCCAAAGACCUCCUAUAAUUGACAUAUCGUCACCUACAUCGCAGCGUCGAACAGACAAUGCUGUUGCCGAUCUGCUCUACUUCAGCCAGAAUGGCCAAUCUCAUCACUCUGUCGAGAUUGACCCUACUAUCCAUGUGUCUAUGGACACAGUUCCGAUUGACAUUAUUACAGAAUAUCCGUACAUCGAUCAACUGCAACCAUUUACACCAGAGGGGGUAUCAGAAGAUGGCAUCUUUCUACCAGGCUCUGCAUAUCACGAAUUGCAUUCGACACUACGGAACCAUCUUAUUCAGGAGACGCGAUCAAUUGCGCCUACAAGGUCGGCCACACCACACAUUGAAGUGGAAGCCGAGCCCGAAGGUGCUACGUUAGACGACACAGAGGUUACACUUCCCAUAAAUGACUUUCAGUCUUCCCAGCCGCCGCUCUUGUCACAACAGGAAGAGUGCGCCCUCUGGAAGAACUACUUUGACGAGAUCGCCCCGUGGCUAGAUAAAUUCGACAGGGACCGACACUUCCAGCAGAUCAUUCCUACCAUGACCAAGGAUAAUGAUCACCUACGAUACUCAAUGCUGGCUCUGUCCGCGCGACAACUCGAGCUCAAGCAUACCCUUGCGACCAGCCGUAGUCUUGCGCUUUAUCAAGAAGCAAUACAUCUGCUGCUCCCACACCUGCCAACGCGUGGAACGGCCGUCAUUGCUACAUGCGUUAUACUCUGCGUGCUGGAGAUGCUGAGCUGUUCUCCGAAAGCGUGGCAACGACAUCUAGAUGGCUGCGCAAGUCUCAUGGAAGCCGUUGGCAUCAACGGUUUCGUCGGAGGUACAGAGCAAGCUCUGUUUUGGUGCUUUGCGCGUAUGGAUAUCUGCGGCGGCCUGAUCUCAUCAGUCAAAACCCUCAUACCUAUCAAUCACUGGGCGUCGAAAACCUCGUCAAUAGAGAACGAUGUAGAGUUGUUCAGGAAUGCUUCGAACUUUGAGGAAUGGGCCAACUAUGCAGUAUAUCUAACCGCUCAAGUCCUUGAUCUAUUAGCGCCCUCUCCAUCAGAACCGACUCGAAACGAAAUCAAAUUCCGUACCAAGUGGCUCAAGUUGUGGAAGUACAUCUGCGAAUGGUACCAGGAACGACCGGCACCUCUAUAUCCUAUCAUGACGAUCCCAUCGAACGAGACAUCACCUUUCCCAACCAUACUCUACUCAAACCCUGCGGCUAUGUCCGGAAACCAAAUGCACCACACUGCAUCGAUUCUCAUGCUUCAAAAUCAACCAGCUAUGAUACGGCUAGGUCAUUCCUCAAAGCCUAGAAGUAUUCUAUGGCAUGCAAGGCAGGUCUGUGGUAUAAAUGAGUCUACUGAGAAAAUAUCAGAAACUUCAGAAACAAGUACAUCUGAAGCAUCGGGGAGUAAGAAGACCGUCGAUCGUGAUGCAAGGACAGCUGAACGCUUGGCAACUUCCGAAAUGAAAAAUGCAGCCAUCAAGAAACUGAUUUCUGAAGAUGGUGGGCCCCUACGAUUCCAGAGACCCUUCGGUUACUUCUGCUUCGGCAAGAAGCAUGAGUAUCGUCUACAUGGCGCUGUCUUUUCAAUGCGUUCGUCUGGCAGCCUAGCACCAGUCUUUGCUUUCCUUCAAAAAGGAAUGAUCCGGAUCCAACGAGAAGGUGUUUUUCAACCUCCCAGGCCAAGACGGUCUAAUCCUCCGGCAGAGAUGUUACGCAAGAUGCGCUUGAAGCUACUCGAGCCGGAAGACCAGUGGCGUGAUCCGUACAUCCUCGCUGUACUUAUAGGUCUUGCACAAUCACAGGCCGAAGACAAGAGUUCUCAUCAAACCAGGUUUCGUCAAAAUCACGUUUUCAAGACUUGUGCUGUGUAUGUUGACGAAGAGAACUCGGAGUUCAUGUACUUCUACAAUGGACAAAUGUCCCUUGCUUUCUUGAGCAAAUUUGAGUAUCCACAAACGCUCCACAAGCCAGCAGGCGCCAUAUCUUCAGAGCUUUCCAUCCGGAUGAAGAAGCUCACCUUCAAGCCAUACUCGACUUUGAAAUCGAGACUUCUUGCAGAAAUUCAAGAGUGCUACAAGGAUGACAAUAACGAACAAAUUGACAAGCAAGGAUCCGCUGAAAAGGGGGCUACUGUGCAGGACAGCGGAGCAAAGUCGCAGCAAAGUCACGCUGAAAAACAAGUUGGUGCCCCUUGUCGGCGCGAUAACCUGGAAAUCCGAAUCCUGCUCGAAUAG